AUGACACCAUCAUACUUAAAACAUAUUAAGCAAACCCCACCUUCAAGCAAAAAAAAAUUGAAGCAAUCAACAUUACUGGGGUUUUUUUCCUCAAGUAAAAAGUCAGGCUCAAGCCCAAGUAAUAGAAAACAAAAUUUUUCUUCCACCAAUAGUACUACAACCACAGAUAACAAUGACAAAAAAUCUUUGAAAAAUAAUUUGUUCAUUACUGGUGAUAAUGAUGAUGACGAUGAAGAAAUUCAAGAUACCACUGAAACAUCUUUCAAUAACAAUGCCACUAGAAAUUUUCACGAUAGUUCCCCAAUUAAAGGGAAUUCCACGCAAAAUACAACUUUAAAUUUGGUCGAACCUGGUGAUAAAUCUCAAUUUUUAAACGAAGAAACUCAAAACCCUAGGAAUAAAAGAGAAGUUAAGAAACCAAUUUCUUAUGCAGAAAGUGAAAAUGAUGAUGAUGAUGAUGAUUUUGAAACUAGUUUUUCCAAUCCAAGAAAGAGAAAAAGAACCAUUAUCCCCCAUGAUGAUGAUGAUGGUGAAUACAAACCUAAUUCUGAUAAGCACAACAUUGAUGGUAAUAGUACAAAACUAGAAUCAUCAGAUGACGAAGAUCUUUUUAUGGUUUCACAAAAAAUUCCACAGAAAAAGGCAAGGAACACCUCCACUGCCUAUCCCAAAAUAGUCAACAAAUCUGUAUUAAAAGCACCUUCUCCAAACAAUAAAAAUAAACCAACGCUUAAAAUGAAAACUAGUGCUUCUAGCAGCAGCAGCAGCAGCAAUAACAACUACAAGACUUUAUCCAAUGGUACUUCGGCAACGACUGAAAAAGCUGGAUACAAAGGAACAACUGACACAAGGUAUAGUUGGUUAACCAAAUCCCCUAGACUAGACGCCAAUAAAAACUCUCCAGACAGUCCAGAUUUUGAUCCAAGGACGGUAUUCAUUCCACAGACCGCAUGGAAUAAAUUUACACCAUUUGAAGAACAAUAUUGGAAAAUCAAAAUGAAUUUAAUGGAUUGUAUUGUUUUUUUUAAAAAGGGGAAAUUUUAUGAAUUGUACGAAAACGAUGCAUUGUUGGCUAAUCAAUUAUUUGACUUAAAAAUUGCUGGUAAUGGUGGUAGAGCAGGAAUGGUUUUAGCUGGUAUUCCUGAAAUGAGUUUUGACUAUUGGGCUAACCAAUUUAUCCAACAUGGUUACAAAGUAGCUAAAGUAGAUCAAGCUGAAACUUUGUUGGCCAAAGAAAUGAGAGAAGCUUCAUUAAAAUCAUCUAGCUCAAGUAAUAAAAGAAGUAUUGUCCAAAGGGAAUUAAAAUGCGUUUUAACUAGAGGUACGUUAACUGAAGAAGGAAUGCUACAGAGUGAUUUGCCCACAUAUUGUCUGUCUGUUAAAGAAGAUAAAGAUACAGAUGGGAACACUACUUUUGGUGUUUCAUUUGUUGAUACAUCCACUGGUGAAAUAUACAUUACCCAAUUGAAUCAUGACAAUGAUUAUUCUAAGUUAGAUACUGUUUUGUCCCAAAUAAGACCACAUGAGUUGGUUCUUGAGAGAAACAAUUUAUCCGCGGCAGCAUUGAAACUCAUUAAGUUCAAUUCAUCACCAGGUGCGAUUUAUAAUUAUUCAAAGGCCAAUACUGAGUUUUAUGAUGUUCAAAACACGUGUGAAAAUUUACGUACCAAGUAUGAUUCGAUUCCUACAAUUUUAUCUCAAUAUAUGGAAGACAGUGAUAAGUGGGUGGCACUAAAUUCCUUUGGCGGAUUAUUGAACUAUUUACAAUUUUUAAAAUUGGACAAGGAUCUAAUUUCUAUGAAUAAAAUAAUGGAAUAUGAGACUUUCCAGAAGCAAGGCGCAGCAAAUAUGGUCUUGGAUGGCAUCACUUUACAAAACUUGGAGAUUUUUGCUAAUUCUUUCGAUGGAAGCGAUAAUGGUACUUUUUUCAAGCUAGUUAACAGAGCUAAUACACCGAUGGGCAAAAGAUUAAUGAGAAAAUGGGUGAUGUUACCUCUUUUUAAUAAAACUGACAUUGAGAACAGGUUGGAUAGCGUUGAUCAGCUUUUACAGGAGAUUGAAUUAAGAGAAUUGGUGGAAUCUGUCUUCUCUAAUAUUCCUGAUUUGGAAAGAUUGGUUGCUAGAGUCCAUUCUGGGAGCUUGAAAUUCAAAGAUUUCGAUGGGAAAGUCUUGCCCGGUUUUGAAAAGAUCGUCAACUUUGUAGAUAAGCUGAAAAAUAAUUUUAAAUUAUGCGGUGCCUUCCGUGAAUAUGCAAAUAGAAUGCCCAUUGAGUUGUUAAAGGAGCAAAUGGAAAUAUGGAAGAAAUCCUAUGAUAAAUCUAAGAUCAUUAAUCCAGCUGGCGAAACCACGAUUGUGUUGUACCCCGGUGUAGACAAAGAGUUUGAUGAUUCGGUGUCGAAAAUUAACACUUUGCAUCAAGAGUUACAAGAGCAAUUGAAAAAAUACAAAAAAAUGUUAGGUUGCAAUAAAAUUCAGUUUAAAGAUAGCGGCAAAGAACUAUAUACCAUUGAAGUUCCAAUACAGUAUACAAAAAAGGUACCGCACAAUUGGACACAAUUGGCCGCAAAUAAAUCGUUCAAAAAGUAUUAUUCGCCAGAGGUAGAACGUAUGGCCAGACAAAUGGCAGAAUUUAAAGAAUCACACAGGAUGUUAGAGGCUGAUUUAAUUGGCAAAUUAUACCAGCGUUUUGACCAAUAUAUGAGCAAGUUGUGGACACCAGUGAUUGAAUUAAUUGCAUCUAUGGACUGUUUAUUGUCACUAGCCAAAACUUCGGAGAGUAUUGGUAUUCCAUGUUGUAGGCCAAAGUUUUUAAGUGACCAGAAGACAGGCAGCAUGGUAAACUUCAAAGGUUUGAGGCAUCCAUUUUUCAACAUGGGAGCAUCUACAUGCAAGGAAUUUAUUCCCAACGACAUUAAGCUCGGUGGUGAAAACAAUAAUAAACUUGUACUAUUAACUGGUGCAAAUGCGGCUGGUAAAUCUACUGUGUUACGUAUGACAUGUAUAGCGGCUAUAAUGAGUCAAAUUGGGUGUUAUGUUCCAUGCGAAGAGGCCGAGUUGAUUCCAAUUGAUCGUAUCAUGACAAGAUUAGGAGCAAACGAUAAUAUUAUGCAAGGAAAGUCUACGUUUUUGGUGGAAUUAUCAGAAACUAAAAAGAUUUUGGAUAUGGCCACGAACAAAUCUUUGUUAGUGAUAGACGAACUAGGUCGCGGUGGGUCAAGCACUGACGGGUUUGCUAUUGCUGAAAGCGUUUUAUACCAUUUGGCCACGCACAUUCAAAGUUUAGGGUUUUUUGCCACACAUUACGGAGGGUUAAAUUUUAGUUUUAGAUCACAUCCCCAAGUUAGAUCGAUGAAGAUGAGUAUUUUAUGCGAUGAAAAUAACAAAAAUGUCACAUUUUUAUACAAGUUAGUAGAUGGGUGUAGUGAGGGUAGUUUUGGUAUGCAUGUUGCCAAUAUGUGUGGUAUACCAAGGGAAAUUGUCGAUAACGCAAUUAAUGCUGCAGACAAUUUUGAACAAACUUCACAAUUGUUAAAAUUUUUGAAAAAUAGUAGCGUUCAUACUGAUAAAGGUUGUGACGAUAAUAGUUUAAUUCCAUUGGGGGUAGAAAGUGAUUUUGUUAGAAUUUUGAAGUAUGGUAUUAAUAAUACUGAAAAAGGCUGUGGUGAUGGUGUAAAAAUAUAUGACGACGAUGUUAAAAGAGGAGCACUGGCCAAUAUUUUUAAAAUGAUUGAUGAGUUGAAAUGA